CGAAUUUGUUCGAGUGCGUCGGUUAUUCCUGAUAUCCACUGAGUGUUCUGGAACGUUAACUGAGCUACUAAUUGUCGUCAUGGGGCGUGCAGAAGCAGAUAGUGAGAAAGAAAAGGGUAAUGACGCUUAUAAAAAAAAGGACUUCGAAGCUGCGAUCACACAUUACGACAAUGCAAUAAAACUUGACCCAACGUGCAUAACGUACUACACAAACAAAGCUGCAGUGUAUUACGAGAAAGGUGAAUAUGAUAAGUGCGUGGAGAUAUGUGAAGAGGCUGUUGAGAUAGGCAGAGAAAACAGAGCCGACUUCAAAUUGAUAGCCAAAGCAUUCGCGCGUGCUGCUCAUGCUUGUGAGAAAAAAGAAGAUUAUCCUAAUGCAAAAAAAUAUUACGACAAGUCACUGUCCGAAUCCAAGCAACCAGAUGUUGAGAAGAGUGCUCGAGCUUUAGAAAAUCGUAUGAAGGAAAUGGAAAGGUUAGCAUAUAUUAACCCAGAGAUGUCAGAAAUGGAGAAAGUCAAGGGAAACGAAUGUUAUCAGAAGGGUGAUUACCCAGCUGCCAUAAAACAUUACACUGAGGCUAUAAAGAGAAAUCCAUCUGACGCAAAACUGUAUAGUAAUCGUGCAGCAUGUUACACAAAGUUAAUGGAGUUUCCUUUAGCGGUUAGUGAUUGUAAUAAGUGCAUCGAGGCAGAUCCGAAAUUUAUCAAAGGUUACCUGAGGAAAGGAGCAGCAUGCAAUGCUAUGAAGGAUUUUACUCAAGCAAGGAAAGCUUUUCGGAAAGCUCUAGAGCUAGAUCCAGAUUGUUCGGAAGCUAGAGAAGGUCUCAGUCAAUCAUAUACAAAUGAUGACGAUCCAGAAGCUGCUCGCAAGCGUGCUAUGAACGAUCCUGAAAUAGCUUCCAUCUUGUCCGAUCCAGCCAUGCGCCUUAUUCUAGAUCAGAUGUCAGAUCCUACUGCACUUCGUGCACACCUUAAUAACCCAGAGAUAGCAUCCAAACUAAUGAAGCUCAUCGAUGCCGGCUUAAUUUCAUUUCGGUGAACUUUCCUUAUGAUAGUUCUGUUUUCAAGAAAUUAAUUCACGAACACUUUUAACUCUUGUUACUAUUCGAAUGUCCUUAAAGAAUGCAAAAGUCGAAUAUUCAAAUACUUUUACUUUUAUCAGCCAUCAACUUCAGGAAAACAAUUAGUUCAGAACCAAUACUUUCUGCUUGCGGGAAUUUUGAUUCAUGUACAUUUAUACAAACAAUAAGUCUUGAAAAUACAGGCGAGUAAAGUACUAGUAUUGUUCUAAAUUCUAAUAAUUUUUAGGGAAUGAGAUCAAUGAAUUGCAAUCUUUAUUAAGUGAAAUAAUCGUUAGGCUUCGAAAGCAUUGAACCAAAAUAAUUGUUAAAGAGAGCAGAAAUUAAGAUUGAUGCGAAAUAUUAAUUAUUCAUUUUAUUUCGCUAAGUCCUCAUCAGCUUCUUACGAGCUACCAAACCAAUCAUUACGGAUAUAUACGAAAGAGGUUAGGGAUGACUGUAUCAUGACAUCUAUCAGCUAAACUGUUUGUCUUGUCCAAAACAUGAUGUUCUAUAACACACUCGAAGAUUGGCAGGUAUCCUUUUUCAUAUUAGUACCAAUUGCGUUUUUAAAAAUUCAUAUGUAUUCGCAAAAGCAGAUACAUUAGUAGAACAGAAAGAGGAGCCUACGUCCGCUUUAAAGGACAAAUUCCAAAAAGUCAAAGUGGAUUAAAAGUAUUCAGCAGUGCCAUCUCGAAACAUCUUGACACACGACAUCAGGCGGAUACACUGGAGUUUCUCAAGGUGACUGGUAAACAAUGGAACUCCGAUCUCCUGAGAUUUCCCGAGAAUAUAGCGAUAAAACACCUGGAACGUGAUUUAUGUAACCUAAAGGGAACUAAGUCUUUCUUUGCCCUGGUAACAUUACAUCCUUUUUAUUGCAUCAUUCAUUUUUUCUACUGUUCCCAAAGUUUGGAUUAUAUCAUUGUAAUUUUUUAGAUUUAUAACUGACUGGUUUCAACUGACGUCUUUCUUUAUUACCAUUAGUCCGUUUUCAAUCACUUCAUUAUACAAUCAUCUCAUGUUUGUUAACUCUAAGUUCUAAUCACUGAUUCAAUGUUCUGGCACUUCCCCUCUCAAGUUUUAUUUUUGUGACCUUAUCAACUUCUAUCUUCGCUAUGUCAUGACACACAUACUCCUCUCUGACCUCUUUCGUAUUAAUAAAGUAUGUCAAUAUUUGUGAUAA